CCCCGCCCCUUUGCUGGCAUAUAGAGGAAGAGGCAGAAGUUGCGUGGCUGCAGAGGAAGACGUUCCCGUUGCCCGGAUGGCCACUGACUCAUACAACAUCCUGCCCCUCAGAUUGUUUUGGGAGGAGGCCUGAUGGCAUGUUUGAAUCAAUCCCUGUUGAGCUGACACCGUUUUAAUGGUGGGACAUUUGGCCAAUAUUGGCAGCGGGGUCUGGGGUCCGAACCACGAUAGACCUUGACUGGGAUCGAUCUGGACUCAUCAACGCAGAGCAGAACGCAGAGGCCGCUUUCCCUCUUCGGGGGGAAUGAGAAUGUCUUCCGCCCAGAGAACCUCAGCAGCUCUGGGCCUCCCAUUCCAGUCAGUGCCAGCAAACAUGGUUCCGCUCGAAAGGAAUACGAAAGACCAGAACUCUGUGGGCUCCAGCCUUGGAGACAGAUUGUCAGGACCUCCAGAAAACCUUCUUAAUGACAUCUGGGGGAAUGAUGAAGACUAUCUGAGGUGCAGUGAGGGAGUCCAUGUAAGAAUAACAGCCCGAAAUUCAGAGCCUGCCUCCUGGGACACCACUAAAACCUCACUGCCCGCAGUAGAGAGAGCGGCAUAUCCCGGAAGAGAGGUGGCUACCCAGCUCCUGCCAACUGUCAGUGGAGAAGCUGAACCAGAUUCCCUCCGCCUGGACUACAGGGGAGCCCAUGAGGAUCAUCUGGAAAGAGAUGCCGCUGCUCUGGAAAAGCUGCGGCGGAACUUCCGGCAGUUCCGCUACUGGGAGGCCGAGGGGCCCCGGAAGGUUUGCGGCCAGCUGUGGUAUCUCUGCCAUCGGUGGCUGAAGCCAGAGAAACGCAACAAGGAGCAGAUCCUGGAGCUGUUAAUCCUGGAGCAGUUCCUGGCCAUCUUGCCGCCAGAAAUGCAGAGCUGGAUGGAGAGGAAUGGCCCGGGGACCUGUGCCCAAGCGGUGGCCCUGGCUGAAGAGUUCUUACAGAGGGAUCAAGAGGCUGAGCUGUGGGGAGAGCAGGCGGCUUUUCCAGAGACGCCCGUGGAUUCCCUUGAAACAGAGCAGAUGCCUUCCGAGGCUGCAGAGAAACUGCUCAGCAUGGAAGUUAAAGAAGAAGGCUGCAGGGGUGCCAGCCGUCGAGGUGAUUGGCCACUGAAUGAAAAGGAGAUCCUACAGCUGGAAAGGCCAAAGCAAAUGGAGGUGCCUGAGGGGAGGAAAGGGAGAUGCUCCCUGCUUUUGACGGAGGAGGAAACUUCUUCCAAUCCUCCCGGAUCAGACAGGGAGCUGGGGAAGGAGCCAACGGAUAGCCCUGUUUGCGCCGAGGCCCCUCGCAGUCUUGGUGAAUCCGUGACCCAGCAGAAAACCUCCAAAGGCAAGCUAGAAACAACUUGUAGCGUGUGUGGGAAGAGCUUUAGCCGGAGGACGGGCCUCUUGGCCCACGAGAGGGUCCACACGGGAGAGAAGCCGUACAAGUGCACUCACUGUGGGAGAAGCUUCCAAUCCAAGUCGACCCUCGUGGUCCACCAGAGAACCCACACAGGGGAGAAGCCCUACCAGUGCAGGGAGUGCGGAAAGAGCUUCCCAGUGACCACGCAGCUGAUCGAGCACGAGCGGACCCACUCGGGGGAGAAGCCCUACGAGUGUGCCGAGUGCGGGCAGACGUUCCGCCAGAGGUCGCACCUGAAGAACCACCAGAAGAUCCACACGGGAGUCAAGCCAUUCAAGUGCUCCUACUGCGGGAAGGGCUUCAGCAUCAGCUCGGACCUCAUCCGACACGAGAGGGCCCACACGGGAGAGAAGCCCUACCAGUGUCCGGACUGCGGCAAGCGGUUCUGCAACAGCUCGCAGGUGAUCACUCACCGGCGGGUCCACACGGGGGAGAAGCCGUACAAAUGCCUGGAGUGCGGGAAAGGGUUCACUGUCAGCCAGCAGCUGAUCCGACACCAGGCGGUCCACACGGGGGAGAAGCCGUAUCAGUGCCUGGAGUGCGGGAAGACCUUUGGCGUCAGCACGCUGCUGGCCGGCCACCUGAGGAUCCACACGGGAGAGAAGCCGUACGAAUGCUCGGAAUGCGGAAAGUGCUUCCGGCUCCGCUCCACGCUCAUCACGCACUUGAAAAUCCACACUGCCAGAAAAACUUAAGGAAUCGGCGGACUUCGGAGAACACUAGGCGGGGCAAGGAACGUUGUGGUGGAAAGGGCCGUCAAGUCACAGCCGACUUGCUGUGAACCCCGUAGGGUUUUCAAAGCAAGAGAGAAACCGGGGUGGUUUGCCAGUGCUUGCCUCUGCAUAGCAACCCUAGGCUUCCAUGGUACUAACCAAAGCUGACCCUGCUCGGCUUCUGUGAUCUGGCACCGGGCCACUCAGGUCGGGGAGAAAAGUUUUAGGUCAUAAUUAAUAAAGACACGGAAGUAAAUUCGA